ACUCGUUUCCAGGCACACAGCCGGUACAGCAGGCUGGGCAGUAAGUAGCAAGAGCACUGCCCACUCUGCCUUUCUAAUGUGGGAAUUAGAGUCACAUUUCCCUCAGAACUGAUUUCGAUUACUUUAAUUUUUAACCUAGCACUGUUCAUUGGCGUGAUAAUGGUGGUGUUGGACCUCAAGGUUACAGCCUUCGACGAGGCGCCCCUCAGAAAUAGUUACAAGAUCUUGAACACUAUCUGCCAAGGCAGCUUUGGUGAAAUGAAGCUCGCCUGCCACCUCCUCACCCAGACUCAGGUGGCAAUGAAAGUCCUGCCUAGGAACUCCCCCAUUGUCACAUCUGAAAUCGACAUCAUGAAAUCCCUCAGUCAUCCCAAUAUCAUCCAGCUCUAUCAGAUAAUCAACAGCACUGUCAACACCUACCUUGUGAUGGAAUAUGCAAGCGGGGGAAGGCUGCUGGACAGGAUCCAGGAGGAUGGACAUCUGCAGGAGGAGCAGGCCUGCCGACUUUUCCAGCAGAUUGGGAGCGCUGUGCAUUACUGCCAUUCAAAAAGUGUGGUGCAUGGGGAUCUGAGGCCAGAAAAUAUCCUGGUAGAUGGCGAGGGCAACAUCAAACUCACUGACUUUGGGUUGGGCGUUCAGGUGAGCCCUGGGCAGAAGCUGCACUCUUUCUUCUGCAGUCUCCCAUUUUGUGCCCCAGAGCUCCUGCAGGGAAAAGACUAUGAUGGGCCCGCAGCCGACAUGUGGAGCCUGGGAGUCCUCCUCUACUUUAUGACCACGGGGUGCCUCCCUUUUCAAGCACCUAGCAAUCCCGGGAUAAAGCAGAAGAUCCUGUGUGCGAAAUACUACUGCCCAUCUUAUCUUUCUGCAAAUGUGCUAAAUGUAAUCAGCCAGUUACUGGCCCUGGACCCCAGCAAGAGGGCCACUAUAGACUGUAUCAUGAACCACCCAUGGCUCACACAAGGUGAGCUGCCUUCUCUUGAGUUUUCCCUGGAGGAGUUCCCCAGUCUCCCAAACCCCAUUGUUAUAAUCAUCAUGGUUGAUUUGGGGUAUGACCCUAAUGAGGUCCUGGAAUCUUUAAAAGAUCAAACUUUCGAUGAAAUAAUGGCCACAUAUCUGAUAUUACAACACAAGAGCCUCCAGGAGGAUAGACAAGAGAGCCAAGAGAAGUCUGUGCAGCCAGGUGUUACACCUUGUUGUGCGACCCCUACAGAUCUUUCCACCUUCCCUCUCCUUCUGAAUCAGAGAGCCAGCAAGCCUGCCCUUCACACCUUCCCCUGCAAAUGUCAGCUUCCCCAUGAGGAGAAACUUUUAAGGAUGGAGGGAGGCAAGAGGGCCAUCAUGUCUCCUGUUCCCCAGAGCUCUCUGCUGAAGAGGACCAGCUCUUAUUUCAGGGCAGCCUGCCAUCAUGAUGAUGCUAGUGCCCUCUGUACCCACUCCAUGAGUAGCUGUGGUGCUGAGCCUGAGAGUCAUGUGGGCUCUCAGGACACACCUCCAGAAAACAACGCACUUCCCAGGGAGGAACCAUGGACUCUGACCACCAAGGGUGCUCAUACAACAGAGAGCGGCUCAUCCUCUGGGGAUCUGUCAUCAGAGCCAGUGUCCUUGUCCAGUGACCAGGCUGACAGUGUGAUGAUAGCCUGUACCUGCAGACACUGCCCAGGCUGGAAGGGAGCGAGGAGGAGAGUGGUGAACUGUGCAGCAAAACUGUGCUGCUGCACAUCAGUCCAGAUGAAAGGUCAGGUCUCCAGGAACACAGUGGUUCCCAUCAAAGGGAAGAACGGCAAGACACCCAAAGCCAGGAGGGGUGUCCACAUCUUGACAUUGUGAUAGACUGCAUGAACAUAUGUGUUGAAUUACAGUCAUAGUUCCUGGGAUACCUGUGGGCCCUGGGUCACAGGCUAGACACACCUGUUGAGGGUGAUAUUUCAAAUGGUUAUCGGUAAGUGGCAGGACUAUUAAAGGUAGGUCUACUUGCUGGAAGUAUGUCAAUAGGGUGUGACUUGUGUGGGUGCGUUUUGAUCUGGGUUCCUUCCUGUUCCUGGUCUCUGCUUCCCGGCCACCUUAAGAUGAGGCGCUUGGUUUACCAUACAUACUACGAUGUUCUGUUCAUCAUAGGCCCAGAGACAAGGGAGCCAGAGUCCUUGGACAGAAACCUGAAGUACAAACCCAGGUGCGACUGUGGGGAGUUUGCAAAGAGGGAUUGUGGAUGGACAUCCAGAGGCAGCAAGGCACCCGGAUGUUCCCUGUGUAAUGAGAAGGACCAAGCAGAGAUAGGGCUCCAGAGUCUUGACAGAUUGUGAACUGUCCUUGCUCAAUUGUCAUGGGCCCAAAGCCACAUCUCUAUACCAGUAAAAGAAGGGGUGGCUGGAGGUCAUCAGGUCAUAGGCGCAUGGCACUCUUUACAGUUGACCACAGCUUGGGACCGACUGGAAAUCACAUCAUUCUCCAGGCCAUGAGUGUGGACACGCACUGGUGCAGAAUCUCAUCAUCAAAACAGUGGCUUUGAGUUUCAGGACCUCCCUGAACCUUUCGGCUGCUUCCCGAGACAAACGGGGUAAUGUGAUAGGCAAAGCACACUUCAUGGGAUUCAAAAGCUAGAGCAGAGAGGUGUGGAAGGACCGCCCACCCAGGGUGAACUCAAAUUGGUCUGGUAUCCCAUGCCUGCUCUCCUCCCCACCACCCCUAGGCAGGACAGCUCCACCUCUCCUGCCUGACGGCACAGUUGUGGAGAUCCGGGAGCUCCUAUCUGCACUCACACAGUGACUGGCAUAGUUUUCCAUCUUAGUACACUCCCACACGCCCCCUAGAAGUCUCUCAGCAUCUUCAGUAAAGGUGCCCUGAGCACUGAGUAAACGGAAGAGCUGACGACGAACCCGCCGAUAGCCUCGGAAUUAGUAACAAGCAGCAAGGACUAGCCCUGUCAGUGUGUAUGUGAGUCCCACCACGUGCUGCUGGUAAGGAAACCGAAGAAGACCUGGAACCAAGCCUCCUGCGCCGGAAGGAAGAUGAACACAGGGAGCCUGUUUCUGAAGCCUGCGAGCUUUCCCUUUCCGUUUGAUUCCUAUUACCAUGAUGUGAAGUGCUUGGAAGUUACUUUCCACACAUAUUCAUUUUUAGGCCGUUUCCCCUCUCCGGAUCUUAGACAGAUUUCGGUGAAGCAUCUCAGUGGGCAAAGCCGUGAGAAGGGUCUGGAAAGGGAAAGGGGCGAGUCCGAAGGCGUUACUAAGGGACUAAGGCCAGGCUGGGACGCACCCUGAUGGCGUCACUGACCCGCGCCUCCUGAUGACGCCUUCCUACUGCGCCGUCGCUGCUAUAGCACUCGAAGCUCCACCCAGCUAGACACUCUCCACUGCGCACGCGCCACACUUGCCGGAAGGGGCGGUACUUCUGCCUAGGAACUCUAGUUGAGGUUUGUAUCCUUUCAGGUGUCUCUGGUUCCAGGAAUCGUCGUGCUUUAGGGCCUCCUGCAUAGUCUGAAGGAGGAGACUGAGGGCUGGAAGUCAUUACAGGCUGCGAGGGCGCGUUUGGAGCGUGGUGGAACAAGACACUACAGAACCUUGCUAGCUGAACAUGACAGGAUUAAUGUCUAGAAUAUACAGAAACUCAUAAAAUGAAUAACUAGAAGUCAAGUGAUGGGCUGCGGAUAUGAGAAUACAGCUUUCAAGAGAUGGGAUUCAAAUGUCCAGUAAACAUAGGAAAAAUUUGUUGACCAGUAACUAUUAGAGAGAUGGAAACGAAGUUGAGAAUUUGUCUCAGCCCAGUCAGUAUAAGCAUGUCAACUGGUCUUGGCCUGUGUUCAAGAAAGAACCGAAGAUGUGGAAGAUGACCGGGGUUUAAGAUAACAACACAUUCUAGUGGUUUUUCUCAUCUUUGAAGCAAAGAACUACAUAACAUAGUAAAUGCCUGAGAAACACUGGAAGAGAUUUUUACCACCACUUGCAUCAUCUGCCCCAAGGUUUCCAAGCCAUGGCUGGGGCAUGUAUCCAUUGCUGGGCCUUCUAGUGCCUAAGCUUUUAUGUGCAUUAAAGAUUACCACGUGUUACACAAAGUACUGCCAACUA